GGGAGGAAGUCACAGCCAUCCAGAGAACAUGUGGACAUGGUGUGUUUUCAAUGGGGCUCGGCGUAUGAGUCAGGCAGUAGUUCAGAGUCACAGCAGAGAAAAGGUCUUCAUGGUGGUUGGUUUGGGUAACCAUGGCAUGUCGGGUACCAGACACAAUGUUGGAAUGGCAGCUAUUAAUCUGCUGGCACGGAGACUGAAAGUAGCUGAUCAGUGGAAAACAGACAAGAGGACUGGAUCCGAUUUCAUCACCACCAAACACCGUGGAAUGCAGCUGGUGUUACUCAAACCGCGUCAGUUUAUGAAUAUUAAUGGAAUAAGCGUGGCUCCUGCUGCUGAAAAGUUUCAUCUCACCCCUGAGAAUAUCUAUCUGCUGCAUGAUGAGCUGAGCAAGCCUCUCGGGAAGGUGUCUCUAAAGUUUGGUGGGAGCGCAAAGGGCCACAAUGGUGUUCGUUCCUGCAUUGACUAUCUGAAGUCAGAUACGAUGACCAGGCUCUUGAUCGGGAUCGGACGUCCAGAUGGCAAUGAAAAGUCCUCAGUGACGGCAUAUGUGCUUGGGCGCUUCACACCGGCUGAGCAGGAGAUGCUACCUCACGUUCUGGAGCAGGGUGUAGACUUGUUAUUGUUACAUAUUAAGAAUAGAACAGAGAUGGACUCUACAGCAAAUGCUAAGCCACUGAAAACCACAUGACCUUG